AUGGUUGUUGAAUACAAUGGUACAAAUGCCGCUGGGGGUGAUUCAUUGACUGAGGACCUCAACAUCUUUUAUGAUGCUGGUGACAUUGCUUGGAUGAUCACUUCCACUGCUUUGGUCUUGCUCAUGAUUCCUGGUGUCGGUUUCUUCUAUUCCGGUCUUGCUCGUAGAAAGUCUGCGUUGUCGUUGAUUUGGCUCUCAAUCAUGGCUACCGCAGUAGUUUCUUUCCAAUGGUUCUUCUGGGGUUACUCUCUCGCCUUCUCUCACAGCGCUGGAAAAUAUAUCGGUGACUUGGAAAAUAUCGGCUUCAGAAAUGUCCUCGCAGCACCAUCUGUUGGUUCCACCAAAAUUCCCGAUCUCAUGUUCGCCGUCUACCAGGGUAUGUUCGCCGCCAUCACUGUAGCGCUCGCAGUUGGUGCCGUCGCAGAACGUGGUCGCAUGCUUCCAACCAUUGUUUUCAUGUUCGUUUGGUCAACCAUCAUCUACGAUCCCAUUGCUUGCUGGACCUGGAACGCCUCUGGAUGGGUUUUCAAGAUGGGUGGUCUCGACUUUGCUGGUGGAACUCCUGUGCAUAUUGCUUCGGGUUGUGCAGCUCUCGCAUACAGUAUCAUGUUGGGCAAACGUCGUGGACAUGGUACUCACGAAUUGAACUACCGCCCACACAAUGUUACACACAUUGUCAUUGGAACUGUUUUCCUAUGGGUUGGAUGGUUUGGUUUCAAUGCUGGUUCCGCUCUUGCAGCUAACAUGCGUGCUGUUAUGGCCGCAGUCGUUACCAACUUGGCCGCCUGUGUUGGUGGUAUCACAUGGUGUGUCCUCGAUUACCGUCUUGAGCGCAAAUGGUCCACUGUCGGUUUCUGCUCUGGUGUUAUUGCUGGUCUCGUUGCUAUCACUCCAGGAUCUGGUUUCGUUCCUGCUUGGGCUUCCAUCAUCUAUGGUGUUGUCGGAGCUGCCGGUGCUAAUUAUGCUACCAAGCUCAAGUUCGUCCUCGGUGUUGAUGAUGCUCUGGAUAUCUUCGCCGAACACGCCGUUGGUGGAUUCAUCGGAAACAUUCUCACUGCUUUCUUUGCUGCUGAUUACAUAGCGCAUCUUGAUGGUUUCACCGAGAUUCCAGGUGGAUGGCUUAACCGACACUGGGUCCAACUCGGAUACCAACUUGCCGAUUCUAUUUCCGGCGGUGUUUACUCUUUCGUUGGAACAUGUAUCAUUCUCUUCAUCAUGAACCUCAUCCCAGGUCUCUCCCUCCGCGCUACCGAAGAGGCCGAAAUUCUCGGUAUCGAUGAUGCUGAGAUCGGUGAGUUCGCUUACGAUUACGUUGAGCUUACUCGUGAGGUCUUGAACGAUACAUCCGAGACUGGAAGCAGAUACUCAGGUCGCGAUACUGCUACCACUCCUUCUCCUCACCACGAGAAGGAGGCUAGACAUUCUGCUCAAGAUAUGGAAGCUUAA